AUGAGGUUGGCCGUGAAUCAGGCGGGCUGCCUGGCGGCCCUGUUUCUGUGCGCCGCGGCGGUCGGCGCCACGACGCACCGCUGCAAACUGCUGGCGUCGCGCCUGGCGGAGGCUUGCCCGCUGUUGGAGCGGCUGGGCGAGUCUGAGGGCGGCGGGCACAACGGGGCGGCCGGAGGAGGGGGGGUGGAUUUCGGGCCGGACUGCUGCCAGGCGCUGGCGCGCUUCAACGAUUCCGGGUGCUUGUGCAACAAUGCCGUUCGAGAAUCCCUGUUGAAGGAUUUCGACUUGCAUCGAUUCGCACCGGCACUGGCGGCCGCUGCCCGUGCCGCCCCUGAGGGUUGUGGGCUCAAUAUUUAUGCUGCCUACGGGAGAGCGGAUUGCGGUCCCAUUGGCGGCUUGCCUUAUCAUGGCGCAGCUGCAGGUGAAAAAGCUGCGGCGUAUGGUCGCGCAGCCGAGAGAUCCUUUGCAUCAGCUCGAAAGCUUCAAAACAAGGGUGCCUGCAAAAAAGGAGAUCACAUAUUCAAGGUCCUGGAGGGUUUCGAGCAGGCCUUUGGGAAGCUGCUUGACAGCGUCAGCGCCCAGAAGGAAGUCGCCAAGCUACUUAAUGGAGAUGGGCCAAUCACUAUGUUCACCCCAAUUGGCACAGAAAUUCAAGUCGAAGUUGAAGUUGAUGGGGAAACUGUUGUGGAGGAUGUGGACACCACACUUAGGAGACACAUUUUGUUGGGAAACUACCCUACAAAGAAGCUCACUCCUGGGCAGACAUUCACAGCAGAGAAUGGAGAGACUCUGGAAAUCACUGAAGAAUCUGGGGAGCUACGAGUUAACGGCAUUCCAAUUGUACAAAGGGAUAUCAAGGCUUGCAAUGGAUGGAUACAUGUUGUUGGGAAGCCACUAUCUCCUCUUGCAACCGGCCAAAGCUCGGCAGCUGAAAAGGAACAAGCCCCAACGCCGGCAAGCCCCUCACCUGGCAAUGCGGCUGCCCCUCUCAAAAGGCCACCAGCCAGGAAUUCUACACCACCUCCAUCGUCAGCCAACUCAGGAGGCAGCGGAAACAGCGGUGCAGAUCCCUGCAAGUGCUCAGAGGAUGGUGUGAUUGAUGGGCAGAACACAAAGAGGCCGGGGUGUGCACAGCACCUGCUUGAGGCAGAAAACAAUCUACUCUUCUGCUAUGUUGAAGACGCGCAAGGGUGCGCUGCUACUGGGGCAUUUGAGCUUGCCGAAUCAGGUGGAUUCAAAGACGUGAGUUGGCGCAACUGCACCAUUGAGGAAGCUGGCGACCUGCCAAGCGUUGGAAAGUUGAUGUCGGAUGAGGUCACCGCUUUCGAGCCUGCCUGGGAGAGCCUGUUCAAUCACGGCGAUUUGCCUGACAUGCUCAUGGGUGACGGACCCUUCACAGUACUUGUUCCAAGCAAGGCUGCAAUUGACACUGCAGCCAUUGGAGACAAGGAAUCCAGGGUGCAGGCUCUUGCCAAGAAACACAUAAUUGCAGAUGAUCUCUCAAUGGAGGCGCUCCUGGCAAAGAGCGGCACCAAGGGGGCGACGAUAACCAGUCUGGACGGAGUGCCUUUGGCUAUCUCAAUGGAGGCAGAUGGCAGCAUCUCUAUUGGAGAGGGUGUCCACAUCCAGCUGUCGGACGUCGUUGGUGCGAAUGGAGUGGUGCACCUGGUGGACAAGGUAGUGGAAGAAGAAAACGAAGGGACUAGCCCAACCUUGCCGGAGCCGCCCGCGUCCCUUCCGCAACCGACUCUUCCCUCCCCCGUGCCCGCAAGCACACCACCGCCAGCAUUGCCAAAGCCGUCACUGCCAAAGCCGACACUGCCGACGCCAGCGCUUCAGGAGCCAACGCUUUCCCCACCUUCGAAUGCCACCGCAGUGGGCGGGGCAUCCCCGUCUGCUCUCACUCCGCCGCUUGCUGGAGCAACCGGAAACGAGCUGGGCACGGCCCGCCCGGUUGGAGCCGGUGGUCUGGUGAAGGGCCGAAAGACUGGAAAUCCGUGUGCCUGCUCGAAGGAUGGCAUCAGUGGCAGGGUGAAUACGGGGCGCCCGGGCUGCAAGCGCCACAUCAAAGGGGAACGGCUGUUCUGCUACGUGCAGGAUCCUGACAAGUGUCCGUUCGGGGCCCCGUCGGAAGAAUUUCCCGGUGCCAAGGUAGUGGUGUGUGCGGACCCGUGUGCUUGCUCGAAGACAGGGAUAUCUGGCACCGUGGACACCAAGCUCAAGGGGUGUGACAAGCACGUCAAAGGCCAACCGGAACUGUGCUACGUGGAAAAACCUGACGAGUGCACAGAAGGAUUCAAGUCCGAGCGGUAUGCUGGCACCCGUUGGCGGUACUGCCCAGAAGAAGCCCCGAAAUCGAAGCCGAAACCGAAGCAAGAUAAUCGAGAUCCCUGCGAGUGUAGUAAUGAUGGGAAGAGCGGAGACGUGUACACAGGCCAAAAGGGGUGCGGUCAAUACGGAGCUUUUGGCGUGGGCUACAUUUGCUGGGUGGUCAAGCCAACGGAGUGCAUCGUCGGCAUCGGGUCCCUGCGCUUCCCGGGAGCAGCCUGGAGGCCCUGCUGA